GCUGUGUCUGCUCUAGCCUACACCUUGUUUCCUGUGAAAUGGCUUUCCCAUAGUUUCAGGCUUAUCCUGUGAGCCCGCUCCCUGGAAAUGAGCAGAAAGAAAUCCUGAAGUGUUUUUUCCUCCACUAUCUCUCACUGAGGCGAACACAAAGAGAGAAACCAUGACAGGAGGAGAAGGAGGAGGCGUCGGAGCAGGCAAAAUCGGUAAAUCUGAGAAGGACCAGAGCUGGAUCCCCAAAAUCAUCAAGAAAAGAGUGUGCAGCACCUUUGUAGAAGAUUCUUUCAGUAAUGGCGCGCUGUGUCAGUGCGGGGGUGCAAGAGAUGCCCAUGGUUCUGUGGCUCUCGGUGACUAUUUCAGCACAGCCAUCGUCAACCACUGGGACAGCGCCCAACACUCCUCUGAAUACCCGACUGACGCCUUUGGAGAGUUGCAGUUUGCAGGAGCCAGCAAGAGGCAUAGCUAUUUCCUGCGUCUGUCAUGGGACACACCCCCAUCUAUGGUGUACACCCUGAUGACGGCCCACUGGGGUCUUCCUGCGCCUAACCUGGUGGUUUCUAUAAUGGGCGGAGAAGGCAGGACAAAGGUGAAGACUUGGGUACGGGAGGUCCUCCGGCAGGGACUGGUGAAAGCCUCACAAAGCACAGGAGCGUGGAUCCUGACAGCAGGCUUGCGUGAAGGCGUUGGCAGGUGUGUAGGAGAGGCGGUGAGGGAUCAUGCCACCGCAGCCUCGUCGGUGUCCCUCAACAAGGUGGUGGCGCUGGGCAUCGCUCCCUGGGGCCUGGUGCACAACAGACAGCAGCUGGUCAACCCACAGGGCAGCUUUCCUGCUAAGUACUACGUCCAGAACACGUCCCGGGACUCCUGCUGCCUUGACAACAACUACCAGGCCUUCCUGCUGGUGGAUGAUGGGAGUGUGGGACGCAGAGGAGGAGAAACAGGGUUCAGGGCCAAACUGGAGGACUACAUCUCCCACCAGCGCACAGGCAUCUGGGGCAGUGGCAGCAUUGACAUCCCUGUCCUGUGUAUGCUGAUCUCAGGGGAGGCAAGCAUGCUGGAGAGAGUAGAUCUUUCUCUGAAAAACAACAUGCCCUGGCUGGUGCUGGCCGGCUCAGGGGGCCUCGCUGACUUCCUGAGCGAUGUCUUGGAGAAUCUGUCGUCAGUCCCGGUUGCCCAGUCUUCCGGCGAGGGAGAUGGUGAGGCGGGUCCCAGCGUAGAUCUGAAAGACAGAGUGGCAGAACGGGUUAAGAGGCACUUCCCUUCUGAAGCGGAUUCAGAUAAACUGGCUGAACGGACUUUGAGCAUCUACCAGAACCGAAACUUUAUAACAAUCUACCAUGGAGAGCAGGAGGGCCCAAAUGAAUUUGAUACAGUCCUGCUCAAAGCACUGGUGGGAGCUAGUAAGCAUCGUGCAUCAGUUGAGGACAGCCCUUACACUGAAGAGCUGAAGCUAGCGGUCACAUGGAACAGGGUUGACAUUGCCAAGAGUGAACUCUUUAAUGGAGACAUCUCCUGGAGGUAUGAAGACUUGGAGGACUCCAUGACAGAUGCCCUGGUCAAUGACAAGCCUCAGUUUGUGCGUCUUUUCACUGAGAAUGGGCUCAACAUCCUGGACUACCUGACUUACAACAGGCUGGAAAGCCUCUACCGCUCGGUGGCUGAUGGGACGGUGCUGUACAGGCUGCUUCAGCGAUGCCUAGUGGAGCGGCUGGGUACUGCAGCCCCGGCAUCAAACAUACAGGACAAAGUGGCAGCAGCACACAUACGUGGCCCAGUGGAAGAUGUCACCCUUUUUGAGGUUGCAGGAGUCCUGGAGCUGUUAAUGGGCGACGUCUGCCAGCCGUUUUACUUUGAGGCUUUGGGCUUAGAACAGAUCACAUCCAAGAGGAGAGCUCUGAGGCGUGCAAGUAAGCUGCUGCGGGGUGACUGCUUGUAUCGGGAGAGACGCUGCCUCUUCCCCUGGGCUUCGCUCUUCAUCUGGUCCGUCCUCCAGAACCGCAGUGAGAUGGCCACUUUCUUCUGGGAGAUGGCCGGGGAGUCGGUGCUGAGCGCUCUGAGCGGCUGUAAGAUUCUGAGGGAACUGUCCAAGUACGAGGUCGAGGCUGAGACCAAACUGUCUAUGAAGGAGCUGGCCCAGAAGUUUGAGAACCUGGCUGGUGACGUCUUCAGCUCUUGCUAUCGGAGCAACGAGAGUCGCUCCUUCACCCUGCUGAUUAGGAAAUCUCCAGUUUGGGGCGGUACCACCUGCCUCCAGAUGGGCAUGGGCGCUGACGCACGACUUUUCUUCAGUCAUGACGGAGUACAGUCUUUGUUGUCUCAGAUCUGGUGGGGCGACAUGAAGAGGAGCACGGAGGUGUGGAAGCUCCUGCUCGCUUUCUUCUGCCCCGUCCUCUGCUACACCAAUCUCAUCUCCUUCAGGAAACAAGAGGACCAUCAUCUAGAGGAAGAAGGGAAGCCUAAUGAGGACGGGCCGGGCAGGGACAGCGACAGCAACUAUGGCACCACCAUCUUUUCCUUCUCGGACAUCAAGCACAUUGAAGCAGAUACACAAGGACCAAUCACUCCCAGGACUGCAACCAUCAAAGGCAUACCCCAUUCUCCCAGACCACCCAAGCGUCCCUUCAUAGUGUCAAGAUGGCGUCAGUUCUGGUUUGCACCUGUCACCUCAUUUUUGGGCAACGUCCUGAUGUACUUCCUGUUCCUCCUGCUGUUUGCCUGGGUACUGUUGGUGGACUUCAAGCCUCCAAAUCCCAAAUCUCUGGCCAUCAGCGAGUAUGUGCUCUACUUCUGGGUAUUCACCAUCGUGUGUGAGGAGAUCCGGGAGACGUUCUUUCUGGGGUCGAUGAGUAUGCGUCAGAGGCUCAGAGUGUACAUUCAGGAUGUGUGGAACAAGUGUGACCUCACCGCCAUCUUUCUGUUCAUCAUAGGAGUAAUCUGCAGGAUGUUCAAAUUGUCCUAUGGAUUUGGCCGGGAGGUCCUCUGUGUGGACUACAUGGUCUUCACCCUCCGUCUCAUUCACAUCUUUGCCAUCCACAAACAGCUGGGACCAAAAAUCAUCAUUGUUGGCAAGAUGAUGAAGGACGUCUUCUUCUUCCUGUUCUUCCUCAUGGUGUGGCUCAUGGCAUACGGUGUAGCCAAUCAGGCUUUGCUUUACUCCUACGACCCGAGCUUGGAUCGCAUCUUUCGCCGGGUUUUCUACAGACCGUACUUGCACAUCUUUGGACAGAUCCCUGUGGAAGAGAUGGAUGUGGGGAAGACAUGGGACAUGCCCUGCACACACAACGUGACGCUGAUUGAGAACGGAGAAGAGCCGUGCAGGACUUUGUAUAGUAACUGGCUGGUGGUCAUUCUGCUGAUUAUUUACCUGCUCGUCACCAACAUCCUGCUCAUCAACCUGCUCAUCGCCAUGUUCAGCUACACCUUCAAUGAAGUGCAGGCUAACAGCGACAUCUACUGGAAGUUCCAGCGCUACAACCUGAUUGUUCAGUACCACUCCCGUCCCUCCCUGGCUCCUCCUUUCAUCAUCAUCUCUCACAUCAAUCUCUUUAUCAAGAGGGUCAUCCGCAAGGUGCCCUCUGUCAAGAUCCACCACUUUGUGUUGCAGUUAAAAGGGAAAGCGGCCAACAGGCUGAUGACGUGGGAAACCAUUCAGAAGGAGGACUUCCUGACGGCCCAGAACAAGAUCCAGAAAAGCAGUGACUCAGAGAGGCUCAAACGGAUGUCUGCCAAAGUGGAUGGUGUGCUCAAACACAUGAGUGAAAGCAGAGACUUUGAUCACAGACUGAGGGCUCUUGAGAAUGAGAUGGAGUACUGCUCAAAUGCUCUCAGCUGGAUUGUGGAUACUUUGGCACAAGGGAGCACGUUCAAACCUCCUCGGCCUCCACCGUCAUUAAGAGAUGCAUUCCCCUCUUCUUCCAAUUCCACCUGAUUCGUCCUCUGUGAUGCCUUCACUUGCUCAGGGUCGGUACAAGACAACAUUUAAGUGCUUUUACUUUGGCUGCUCCCAUGUUACCCACCCACCACUCUGACUGUUCAUCACAGGACUACUACUUUCAAUUGUUCUGAACUGAAAAAAAUGUAGCCGCCAUCACUAUUUGUUACAGUAUUGAUUGAAUGCCAAAGCUGAUAUUUUAUGUGUGCAGUCAAUCUUAGUCAAAUGCCAAAGUCAAGUGUAUGUAUUUAUCAUGUGGCAUGUUGCAUUUUAUGUGUUUUAUUAGCCAACACUAUCAUUACUGUAGUUUUAAAUGCUGGAAUUCUACUUUUUCAGGUUUUUAUAUAUGUUUUCACAGCUAUAUUGAAACUAUGAUAGUGUUUGCAGGGGUUACAUUAAGUUACAUUUGUAAUACUUUUAUGUUUAGUUACUGUAUGGCAACCGUACAUGUAAAAUCAAGUGCUUGUGUUGCUACAAAAUGUAAAUGUUUUCAAUAAAUUGUAUAAAAA